AACCAAUGCUAGGUUCAAGGUAGCGACUGCUCAGGUAGAAGCCAUGGCUCACAGGCUCUGCCUCUCCUGCUGGCUGUUGGUCUGCUGGUUGGUGGUAAUGGUGGCAGAAGGACAAGUAGUCACCCCUCCCGGAGGCUCACAAACUGAGGGCCCUACAGACUGCCAGAUCUUCACACUCACCCCUCCACCUGCCACAAGGAGGCCGGUGACAAGGAUCCAGCCCAUCACAAGGACACCCAAAUGUCCUUUCCAUUUUUUCCCAACACGGAGGCCCAGAGUCCAAAUCAGGUUUCCAAACAGACCUUUCCUCCCUCCGAGGUGCAACCACCGUUUUCAUUACCGUCCUUUUUUUCGGCCAAACAAUCGUCUUAGUCAACAUUAUAACUAUUUCCCCAGAAGAAGACUCUGGAGAGGAAGCUCAUCCGAGGAAAGAAGAGGGAAGAGAGAAGCCCCAAACCUGCUCAAUCAGAGGAGGUCAAUACCUCCGAAAAGACUAUAAAAAUAGUUCUGUUUUCUUUUUCCAACUAAAAUUGCUGAAUUGGAAACUUAUCUUAAACACCACUGACUAGAAAUUGUUCUCCUUGCUAGCAGUGAAGACACUGGUGCAUAGGUCAUUCAAGUUUGCAAAAUAGGAGCAAUAACUACAUUAUUCUUAUCCCCAAAUUUUUAGGACCACAAAUGUUUGUGCAAAUAAAACCCUAAAAUGAGAGGUUCUGAUCAUUCCUGUCCAUACUGAGAUGCCAGAGAACCAGCUCCAUCUUCUAAAUUAGAGCAAGGAGAAUUCAAUAAAUCAAGAUUGCUAUAGAUCAAAUGAAGACAUUAAUGAAGCCCUUUUACACUCACUGGAAGACUUAUGAGCAAGGUGCAUUUACAAAGUGAACUUUAAAAGAAAUUAUGGGAAACUGAAAGCUUUAUUUAAAGCAUGUUGGCAGGGAUAUAACUAGUGGUUAUUUAUUCAUUUACUAUAUUUUUAUUGAGGUACAAUUGGCAUAACAUCACAUAAGAAUUCAAUAUUUGUAUAUAUUGCAAAAUGGUCACCACAAUAAGUCCAGUUAACAUUGACACCAGCCAUAAUCACAAAUUUAUUUUUCCUUGUGAUGACAACUUUCAAGAUCCAAUCAGUUUUCUAACAACAACAAUUUUAAAGAUUAAACUAAAUUAUAGGACAUCUGACUAUAGGUAAUGCUUUAAAGCUAUCGUACACUGAAUUACCUAACCCCAGAACUCUUUUUAAUUGUAUUAUCUAAAUGUACUUUAAUGUUAACUUUUUAAGCAAAUGAGCAUGAUAAGUAUCUCACUUUCUCACAUUGUUAUCAUAUAGAUACUAGCUUAAAUGAUACACUU